AUGAGGCCGCCGUUUUACCUCGCAGCCAGCGCUUGCGCCCUCUUGUGGCCAGGCAUCGAGGCGGCAGCGACGCCCUGCUCGAUCGAGGCUCUGCAGGCUGCCCUGCCUUCGGACGCGAGCGUCCUUGUGGCCGAGCAAGUUGCCAGUGGUGGCUCCUUCGGCGAAGGGGCAGCGGAUAUCCCGUAUCCCAGAGACCCUACCAACCUCCCCGAGACUUGUGCCGUCAUCGUCAACGUGACAAGCUCGGCGUCGUCGAGUUUCCGCUUCAGCGUGUUCUUGCCCACGCAGUGGAACGGGCGGUUCCUGCAGGUUGGCAACGGCGGGUUUGCUGGAGGCAUCAACUUCCUGGACAUGGGCGCCGGCGUGCGUUACGGCUUCGCGGUGGCGUCCACCGACACUGGGCAUAAUUCGAGCACCUCGGACCUGACGUGGGCACUGCGCCAGCCCGAGAAGCGGUUGGACUUCGGCUACCGCGCAAUCCACGGCUCGGUGGUGCUCGGCAAGGCCCUGACAGAGGCCUUCUACGGCCAGGCAAUCCGGUUUUCAUACUACUCUGGCGCUUCGACCGGGGGUAGGCAGGGGCUACGGGAAGCCCAGUACGACCCCGAGUCCUUCGACGGGUUGCUGAUUGGAGCACCCGCCUGGUGGACCAGCCAUCUUCAGCCGUGGACAACCAAGAUGGGCUCUUACAACCUGCCCACCGACGCAGCCGGGCACAUAGCCCCGUCACUAUUCAAGACGAUCGGCGCCGAGGCGAUCCGGCAGUGCGACUCUCUGGACGGGGUCCAAGACGGCAUCAUCAGCUCGCCAGAGCUGUGUGAGUUCGACGCGGACGCCCUGCUGUGCGGGUCCGCCCGGGCGAAUGCCUCGUCGUGUCUGACGGGAGCUCAGCUAGCCACGCUGGACAGCAUCUACGCCGACUACCAUGCUGAGGGACGGUUCGCGUUCCCGGGCCUGGAGGUCGGCUCGGAGGCGCAGUGGGGUGUUUUGCUCGGAGGAUCCUCGCCCAGUCCCCUGGGGGACGGAUAUUCGCAGUACUUUGUGCUGGACGACCCGGACUGGACGUGGAGGCAGUACAACGACAGCAUCGUCUGGCAGGCGGACGCUGAAGACCCGGGCAACUGCACGGCGGACCACUACGAGGCCAUGAGGGCAGUCAUGGAGAGGGGCAGCAAGAUCGUCAUGUUCCAUGGGUCGUCCGACGCCCUGAUCGCAACCAGGUCCUCCAACGUGCUGUACAGCCGCGUGGCAGGAGCCCUGGGAGGGUAUGACCAGCUGCAGAGCUGGUUCCGGUAUUUUGUUGUGCCUGGUCUGCAGCACGUGACGGGGACGUCAAACGACGCUCCGUGGUACUUUGCAGGGCCGAACUCGGCCGCCUCUCUAGGGACCGAUAUCUACUCAACCCCGGGAUUCACAGACCCGGAGCAUGAUGCCCUCCUGGCCUUGAUGAGGUGGGUUGAGGAUGGUGUGUCGGUAGACCAGAUUAUUGCGACCACGUGGCACAACUCGACGGACCCGGCGUCGGGUGUCUUGAGGCAGCGGCCGUUGUGUCCCUUCCCCAACAAGGCUGUCUAUGACGGCAAGGGAGAUGUGGACGACGCAAAGAGCUGGACCUGCUCAGGGCGAGGGCAUGUGCAGCUUGUGUAA